UUUCCAAGAAAGAGAAUUAGUCUAUUCUCAACAUUUCACAGUGGAUUGCAACUAACAGGUAGAAUUGUGCUCCAUAGAAACUUAAAAAUAACCUGAUACAUACUACACAAUGUGUAAAAAAAAUGUGUAUUCGCACACAUUAAUUGAAGCUUUAAGAAGUAUGUCCUUCAGAAGAAGAACUGUCGUUUCAUUCAUCGUCCCACUUAGCUGGUUCAUCUUGUUGACGUUUUCUGAAUCUAGAACCGCCCCAGAUGAAGGGGUCAUGUGAGUACUGAGUACCUUGUUUGGGAUUUCGAAGAACAACCACUUUCAUGAGAAUGGAUGCAUUACGACAAAUUGCCACUACAAUGGGUGCAAAAAACUGGACUUUCGACCUUGAUCCUUGCGAAAGUACAAUAGUCGGGGUGGUAACACCACAGCCGAAUUGGUCUGAUAAUAGUGUUGACUGCAACUGCACAAUUGGAAAUGAUUCAUUAUGCCAUAUUCAGAAAAUUGCAAUAAAGGGUUUCAGUCUUCAUGGAGUUCUCCCUCAUGAACUGGUAAAACUUCCCUACAUACAACAAGUAGAUUUUGCAUACAAUUGUCUCACCGGUACAAUACCAGUAGAAUGGGGAUCAGUAACAUUGAAGUCCAUCUCUGUUCUUGUAAACCGGUUGUCAGGAGACAUACCAAAAGUUUUAGGAAAUAUUACCACCCUCACGUACUUGAAUCUUGAAGGAAACCGAUUUUCAGGAAUGAUUCCUUCUGAACUCGGGAAACUUAUAAGCCUGCAAAAUCUGAUAUUAUCCUCCAACCUUUUGACGGGAAAGUUACCAGAAACGUUUUCUGGACUUACAAACUUAACAGAUUUUAGGAUAAAUGACAACAGCUUGAGCGGGCCUAUUCCAGAUUAUGUACAGAACUGGCGACAACUUGCAAAAUUAGAGUUACAUGCGACUGGACUUGAGGGGCCGGUUCCAGGAAACAUAUCUGUUCUAAACAAAUUAACUGACCUGAGAAUAAGUGAUAUCAAUGGACCUUCUCAGGGAUUUCCUCUACUUAAUGAUAUGGGUGGCUUAGUAAUACUUGUGUUGAGGAAUUGCAACAUUUCUGGGGAAGUUCCUGCAUAUAUUUGGAACUCGAGAACACUGCAAACAUUGGAUCUCAGUUUUAACAAGCUAGUUGGAGAAAUUCCGAAAAGUAUUAGCGUAAGAAGUAUGCUAAAAUUCGUAUUUUUGACUGGGAACUCUCUCAGCGGAUAUGUGACUGAGUCAAUUUUGAAGGACGGAAUAAAUCUUGAUCUUUCCUACAACAAUCUGACUCGGCAAGGUCCUGAUCAGCCAGCCUGCCAACAGAACAUGAAUCUAUACGUAAACUUGUACAAGAGCUCUUCAACAGGAAGUUCCAUACAGAGAGUUCUUCCAUGUACGAAUGGUUUCAGCUGUCCUAAAUAUGGUUGUUCCUUUCAUGUAAAUGCGGGAGGUAAUUAUGUAACUACCCAUGCGAGAAAUGAAGAUGUCAGUUAUGAAGGGGAUGCAGGAGUUGAAGGUGGUUCAGCAAAAUAUUUCAGUAGUAGCAACGAAAACUGGGGAUUCAGUAGCACAGGCGAUUUCAUGGAUGAUUCUAAUGAUCAAAAUACACGUUUCAUUGAGACUGUACAAUUAAAUGGUCUUCCUGAGUUGUACAAGAAUGCUCGUGUCUCUCCUCUUUCUCUCACUUAUUUCCGUUAUUGCUUGGAGAAUGGGAGCUACGAUGUUGCCCUCCACUUCGCGGAGAUCAUUUUUACAAACAAUGACACAUAUUACAAUCUUGGGAGGCGUGUUUUUGACAUAUAUAUCCAGGAUAACUUAGUUUGGAAGAGCUUCAACAUUGCAGAUGAGGCUAAAGGAGCUCUAAAGCCUGUCGUCAAGCAUUUUAAUGUUAGUGUAACUGAUAAUAUCUUGGAGAUUAGGCUUUAUUGGGCCGGAAAAGGGACCACUCGCAUUCCUCUUAGAGGACAUUAUGGCUCUCUCAUAUCAGCUAUUUCAGUUGAUCCAAAUUUCAAAACUUGUGAAGAUGAAGAUGGGGAUAAAAAGAUAGCUAUUGUUCCUUUUAUUGUUGGACUGGUGGCUGGGUUCAUUGUCUUGAUCAUUAUUGGUUUGCUCUGCUGGUGGAAAGGCUCUUUGUUAUACCGAAAUGGGAAAAAUAAAGAUCCGGAAGGGGUAGAGUUGCAAAUGGUAGCAUAUACUUUAAAACAGAUUAAAGCCGCUACAAAUAACUUCGAUGAUGCAAAGAAGCUUGGAGAAGGUGGCUUUGGUCCUGUGUACAAGGGUCAAUUAGGUGAUGGUACCUUAAUUGCAGUGAAGCAAUUAUCCUCCAAAUCAAAGCAGGGGAACCGAGAGUUUUUGAAUGAGAUUGGCAUGAUAUCUUGCUCGCAACAUCCCAAUCUGGUUAAGCUUUACGGAUGUUGUAUUGAAGGAGAUCAACUACUCGUUGUCUAUGAGUACAUGGAUAACAAUAGCCUUGCUAGUGCAUUGUUCGGUUCUGCGAUGCUGUUAGAUUGGCCAACAAGGUUCAAAAUCUGUUUAGGGAUUGCUAGGGGUCUUGCCUUUCUUCACGAGGAAUCAAGCCUUAAAAUUGUUCAUAGAGAUAUUAAAGCUACCAAUGUGCUGCUUGACCGAGACCUCAACCCUAAAAUUUCAGACUUUGGACUAGCUAGGCUUAAUGAAGAUGAGAAAACACAUAUCAGUACGAGAAUUGCUGGAACAAUAGGAUAUAUGGCACCAGAAUAUGCAUUAUGGGGUUAUUUGACGUACAAGGUAGAUGUGUACAGCUUUGGGGUUGUGCUACUGGAAAUAGUCAGUGGCAAGAACAACAAUACUUUCAUGCCCAGCCACAAUUGCAUAUGUCUUCUGGAUUGGGUAUUCUCUUCAAGUCUUCAACAACACCCCACUCACAUGUUAUAUCCAGUUGAGCAAAUAGACAAGAGUCAAUUGUGUUUUUAGUCCUUAUACAAUUUGUGCAAAAGUCAUCCUUUGUUUUAGUCCUUUGGUGCUAAGGUUGUUAUUCUGCGGGCUGUGGCAACAACCGGUAAAACAACAACCGAGGAGGCGAGGACUAAAGUGGCGUUCGGUUCAACUUUUUCUUCUUAUUACUUAUCCUCAUUGCGUUCAAAUUAGGCUAGAGCAAAAAUUCAGAACAAAUGUUAUAUUUUGUAUGAAGUUGGAUAAGAUUGGAAACGUCUGAAAUUCAAAUAAAACCCAAUUUGAAAGAUCCCUAGACAAAACAUUCAGAUCAGAACCACAGGUUAAAUUUCAAGAUAUGUAGUUCAGAUCAUAUUUGUAGGAAAAGAUAAAGGUCCUAAAACCCACUAAAGGGUACAACUACUGAGGAGUUUUGCAAAAGUUAAAUGGGGGAUGGGCGGGGUUGCAUAAGUGAGGGAGUAAAAUAAUAAAUUACCCCUGUGUAAACACAGGACAGAAAAAUAAACUAAUGCCAUGCAUUGCAUUCUUGAUUAUGUAACAGGCUUGUCAUUUACAACUGAGCGGGAACCUUGAAGAGCUCAUUGAUCCGAGGUUAGGAGAGUGUAUCAACAAAGAUGAAGCAGAAAUAAUAGUGAAAGUAGCACUGACAUGCACCAGUGCGACCCCGUCGUUGAGGCCUGCAAUGUCAGAGGUUGUGGGAAUGCUGGAGGGGAAGUUUGCCGUUCCGCAUGAAAUCCCGGAGGCAGCUACAUACGCCGAUGAUUUGAGGUUUAAGGCAAUGAAAGACUAUCACAAGGAAAAACUCAUACAUAACUCCAACGCCACACUAAUAGGUUCUUCACCCACUUCCGCUACUAAGUCGGCAUCCAGCUAACAAUGCUCACGGUUUAAAGUGUCUAUCUCAGUGGCAUAAAAAUUUUGCACAGUUGUUUGUCGUGGUUUAACAAGUACCCCAAAUCCUCUGUCGUGCGUUUUAACAGUGAAAAUCACGUGUUUUAAAUGUUAUGAUGUGAUGAUUGCGCCUAAAAACAGUUUUAAUAAAUUAAAUUAUCAAAUUUGUUGCUUCAUCAAGAUGUUCUAUACCUGAUUAAUUAAUUAUGAUUGUGGGAGUUUGACGCUUUUUAAAUCAUA